UUGAAGAGAAAUGUGGUCAAUUCAUAGCCGAAGGCCGAAGCAUGUUAUGUAUGCUUUGUCGCUCUUAAACCCUCUAAAGUCUCAACUCUCAACUCUAAACCUCUGCUUUGAGCACACAGCAACCUCAGCUUAAAAAAAUGCACUGUGUUCUGAGAAAACUAACCAACUCCAUUUCACGCUCGCAGUUUCGUACGAAGAUUGUAGGUUUUCGUUCGUAUUGCAGUAACAAGGUGGUUGUUGAUAUUGGACAACCAACCCCUGCUUCUCAUCCAAAGUUACUAAAAGAUGGGGAGAUCACCCCAGGUAUAUCCAGCGAUGAAUAUAUCGAAAGAAGGAAGAAGUUAUUGGAUCUUCUCCCCGAGAAGAGUUUGGCCAUCAUUGCAGCCGCACCGGUGAAGAUGAUGACGGAUGUUGUGCCAUAUACAUUUCGACAAGAUGCGGAUUAUUUGUAUAUCACAGGCUGCCAACAACCCGGUGGUGUGGCCGUUUUAGGACAUGAUAUCGGUUUAUGCAUGUUCAUGCCAGAAGUUAAACUUUAUGAUGUGACUUGGCAAGGGCAAAUAGCAGGAGUUGAAGCGGCAUUAGAUACAUUCAAGGCUGACAAGGCAUAUCCGAUGAGGAAAUUGCGUGAGAUCCUUCCAGAUAUGUUACGGGGAUCCUCAAAGUUAUUCCACAACACUCAGACUGCAACCUCCACAUACACGGAACUGGAGGCCUUCCAAAAGCUAGUUUAUUGUAACAAUGUAAGGGAUUUAUCUGUUUAUACACAUCAAUUGCGAUGGAUAAAGUCACCAGCUGAGCUAAAGCUCAUGAAGGAAGCUGCAUCGAUUGCUUGUCAGGCCCUUUUGUUGACUAUGCUGCAUUCAAAAACAUACCCUUUUGAAGGUAUGCUAGCUGCAAAGGUUGAAUAUGAAUGCAGAAUGAGAGGAGCACAGCGAAUGGGAUUCAAUCCUGUUGUUGGUGGUGGGCCGAAUGCAAGUGUCAUACACUAUUCUAGAAAUGACCAAAAGAUUAAACAGGGAGAUCUUGUUUUGAUGGAUGUUGGAUGUGAGUUACAUGGUUAUGUUAGUGAUCUUACUCGUACCUGGCCUCCCUGUGGUAGCUUUUCUUCUUCCCAGGAAGAACUUUAUGAGCUUAUAUUGGAAACGAACAAGCGUUGUGUGGAACUUUGUAAACCUGGUGCCAGUAUUCGAGAAAUACACAACUAUUCGGUUGAUAUGCUGCAAAAAGGAUUCAAGGAGAUUGGACUAUUGAAAAACGGUGGAAGCAGUUCCUACCACAAGUUGAACCCAACUUCUAUAGGUCACUAUCUAGGAAUGGACAUUCAUGAUUGUUCAAUGGUCAGCUUUGAUGCUCCUCUGAAGCCAGGUGUUGUGAUAACUAUUGAACCAGGAGUUUACAUCCCAUCUUCUUAUAACUGCCCAGAGAGGUAUCGAGGCAUCGGGAUUAGGAUUGAGGAUGAGGUACUCAUCACAGAAACUGGUUACGAAGUCCUUACAGCAUCAAUUCCAAAAGAAGUAAAACAAAUUGAGUCCUUACUAAACAACUUCUGCAAUGGAAUGGGUGUGGAGAACCAAAAUAACAUGAGAGCUACAUUCAGUUGACAAUCCCCUUAAAACAUUCAAGAACCAGAAUAGUGAUCUCUUCACGUGUUAAUACCAAAUACCAAUGUUCUAAAUCUAGGAGCAGUGGCCCA